AUGAUUGUUCAAGGCACUGCUGGCACUGGUAAAUCAUUUUUAAUAGAUUGUAUUAGAAGAGAAUUAAACAUAUCUCCACCUAUGACGGAAAACCCAUUGCUUGUUUUAGCACCAACAGGAGUUGCUGCAUUUAAUAUACAAGCGACAACAAUCCAUGCAGGGUUGCGCAUACCUAUAAGAGAAAUGCAUCCUUUGACAGGGCAAUCAUUAAUGACAUUGCAAGAGCAAUUGAAACAUAUCAAAUAUAUUCUGAUAGACGAAAUGAGCUUUUUGGGCCCGAAACUACUACUUAAGAUAGAUAACCGUUUACGCCAAGCAUUCCCUAACAAACAACAUGACAACUUUGGUGGCGUGUCCAUGAUUCUUGUUGGUGAUCUUGCUCAGCUUCCCCCUGUUAUGGAUAAACCUAUAUAUGCUUCACACUCUACAGGCCUCAGUUUAUGGCAUUCUUUUACUAUUGUCAUAACAUUGGACACUAUUUUCCGCCAGCAAGGUGCAUCUAUAAGACAACAACAAUUCAGAGCACUUCUUCACAACUUAAGAAACGCUCAAGCACUCCAACAUGAUUGGCAGUUUCUAAUGUGCCAGACAAAUGCAACAUUAACUAUUCAACAAAAGAAAGAUUUCAACUCUUCAAUCCACUUGUUUGCAACAAAUGAAUCUGCACGCUUGCACAACAGGAAAAUGCUCAAAGAAUUAAAUUUGCCUGUCGCUCUAAGUUUAGCUAAAAUUGCUAAGCAAACAAAUACUGAAUAUGACACCAAUGAACAGCUACCAUUGGAAGUAUUACUUUCUAUUGAUCAGCAAGUGAUGUUAAUAGCUAACUUGUGGAUCAAAGUUGGCCUUGUUAAUGGUGCUAUUGGUCUCAUAAAACAAAUUGUAUAUGAAAACAAUACAAAACCACCAGACUUGCCAAAAUAUGUGGUUGUCCAAUUCAAUGAUUAUAAUGGUCCUCCAUGGGAUAUAGCACAUCCAAAAGAUAUACCCAUUUUGCCAAUAACGCGAGGUAGGCGUACGCAAGUGCCUUUAACAAUGUCUUGGGCCAUCACUAUUCACAAAUCCCAAGGUCUUACAUUAGAUACAGCUACCAUUGACAUAGGUAAUACUGAAAAGCAAGGCCUCACAUUCACAGCUAUUUCCAGAGUCAAGACAAUUGAUGGAAUACGGAUCGAACCACCAUUCUCUUUUGAAAGGUUUUCCAAACUGCAAAAUAAUCCUUAUACAACCAUUAGAAAGAAAGAAGAAACUCGUUUGCAGCUACUCUCUGCGCAAACAGAUAUCUAUUCACCUUAA